AUGUCUGAUGGGUAUGCAUCAAAUUUGGGAAAAUGUGUCGAUAUGGAGCAAGGAAAGUUACAUUGGAUGAAAAGUCAUGAUUGUCACGUUUUCAUGGAAACUUUACUCCCCGUUGCAUUUAGUGGCUUGCCUACCCGAACCUGGAAACCUAUGACAGAAAUUAGUUUGUUCUUCAAAGACUUGUGUUCUAGCACGUUGAGGGUGGACAACCUGGAACGGAUGCAUAAGAAUAUUUCUGUAAUCACAAAUAAGUUGGAGAAGAUUCUACCACCGGGGUUCUUCGAUGUGAUGGAACAUCUUCCAAUUCACCUUGUAGAGGAAGCCAGACUCGGAGGCCUAGUUCAAUGUCGGUGGAUGUAUCCUUUUGAGAGUUACUUUGUGCAGAUAAAAGACGAGUCUCAAGUGUACGAACAAUUUGCAACGUGGUUUAAAGAUUACGUACAUAGUACACAAUAUGGUUACCAUGACCAAUUUUUGAAAGACAUAUCUUGGGGACCCGAUAGCGUCUGUUCUAUGAACAAAUAUGUGGUAAAUGGUUUCAAGUUUACUACCGAAGAACGCUUCAAUCAUAUGAAAACUAACAACAGUGGGGUUUGGGUUAAAGGUGGUGAUGGAAACCAAACGGGGGUUGAUUAUUAUGGUGUAAUCAAGGAGAUCCUAGAAUUGGAUUUUUCUAGUUUUCAAGUAAAGAAAAUUGUACUUUUUCGGUGCAAGUGGUUCGAUCCAACGCCAAAUAGAGGUACGAGGGAAUUCAGGCAGUAUAACAUCACCGAAGUAAACCACACGAGGGAAUAUGGGGCUUAUGAUCCUUUUAUUAUUGCACAAAACGUUAGGCAAGUGUACUAUGCUCCUUAUCCCUUGCGCCCAGAAAAGUCUACUUGGUGGGUGGUAAUUAAAACCAAGCCUGUGGGUCGAGUGGAAGCGAGGAAUGAGUUGCCUAUUGAUUUCCAAGCUGACGACAUAUCAAGUGUUCACCGAACAGUUGACAAUGAGUUAGAAAAGGAUUUAGAGCAUCCAGAACAUAUAUUAGAAGAAAUUGAUAUAGAAGAAAUUAAUCCAGAGGCGAAUGAGCCUAAUGACGAAAAUGAAACAACCGAUGAGGAAGAAUGGUCAGAAGAGGGAGACAAUGAUGAUGACGAAUAGCAUCUCUUUCUUUUGCAUCAGCUGGGCUACAUACCUUUUUUGUUAUGGCUUAUGUUAUGAGUAUGUUGUUUAUCCGUAUCAUGAUCCCCGCUUAUCUUCGCUGAAUGUUUGUGUUUUUUCUUUGUUUUACUAAUACGUACUCUGUUGUUUUUAGGAUUUCUCCGAAUGAAUUUAGUUUGUCGUAUUUUUAUAUUGGAUUAUCAUCUGGUUUCAUGUU